AUGGGAAGUGACGCGGAAGUCACCGGUUUUACCAGCUGUUCCACUGCCGGUGGAAAUGAUCUUCACUGGCUAGCAUGUGCCUUAUAUGUGGCUUGCAGAAAAUCUGUCCCAACUGUGAGCAAAGGGACUGUUGAAGGAAACUAUGUAUCUUUAACUAACCUGAGAUGUUCAGAACAGAGCUUAAUUGAAUUUUUUAACAAGAUGAAGAAGUGGGAAGACAUGGCAAAUCUACCCCCACAUUUCAGAGAACGUACUGAGAGAUUAGAGCGAAAUUUCACUGUAUCUGCUGUAAUUUUUAAGAAUAUGAGCCCAUUUUUCAAGACAUAUUUAAAUAUCCCCAAGAGGAACAACUCGUCAACAAAGGGAAGAAAACAACGGCGGCAGCCCUGUACCGUGUCUGAAAUUUUCCAUUUCUGUUGGGUGCUAUUUAUAUAUGCAAAAGGUAAUUUCCCUAUGAUUAGUGAUGAUUUGGUCAACUCUUACCAUCUUCUGCUGUGUGCUUUAGACUUAGUUUAUGGAAAUGCAAUACAGUGUUCCAAUCGUAAAGAACUUGUGAACCCUAAUUUUAAAGGCCUGUCCGAAGAUUUUCAUGCUAAGGACUCUAAACCUUCCUCUGACCCACCUUGUGUCAUAGAGAAACUCUGUUCUUUACAUGAUGGCCUAGUUUUGGAAGCAAAGGGAAUAAAGGAACAUUUCUGGAAACCCUAUAUUAGGAAACUUUAUGAAAAAAAGCUCCUCAAAGGAAAAGAAGAAAAUCUUACUGGGUUUCUAGAACCUGGGAACUUUGGAGAGAGUUUUAAAGCCAUCAGUAAAGCCUAUGAGGAGUAUGUUUUAUCUGUUGGGAAUUUAGAUGAACGGAUAUUUCUCGGAGAGGAUGCUGAGGAGGAAAUUGGGACUCUCUCACGGUGUCUUUAUACUGGUUCAGGAACAGAGAGUGCAGAAAGAGUGCAGAUGAAAAACAUCUUGCAGCAACAUUUUGACAAGGUCAGUUGAGCCAAUUCCAGAUGAGUAGAAAUACAGGAGUAGAUGAAUUGAAGCUUCUGUCAUAUUUUCAUAAUCCUGUGUGUGUGUUUUAUUUGCUUGCCACAUGCAAAAGAAAACUCCCAUCAUACUCCUUUUAAUUGAAAAAGUUAUCUUAUUGAUUGCUUUUUGUUAAUA